AUGCGUCCGGUGCUCGCACCGAGAGCGCGCGGUUCCGCGGAGACGUCCCGCGCGAGCGCGCUGAAUCGCGCACGGGAAGCGUCGGAGAGACAGCGAUUGGCGUACCAGAGAUUCCGCGAACAGACCGGGAUCCGAUCGAGCGGAUCUGCGAUGACGAUCGCGAGCGAGCGCGGUGAACGACGCUCGGGCGUCGCCGCGCGCGCGUCGAGGGGCGACGGCGAUGGGAACCUGUUCGUGGAAUCGUUCUUCGAUCUCGCGAACGUGGUCUCGGGCGGUGGCGCGGGAGAGACGCACACGCGCCUGGCCGAACGCAUCGGCGAGGACGUCUACGUGCAGGUAAACGCUUGGCGCCUGUACACGCGAGAUAUGAAGUUCCACGACGGCUUGGCCAAGGUUUUCUCGGUGAAAAUCGCUUCGAACGGAAACAAGUAUGACGACGCGCUCGUCGAGGAGGUCUUGACCACCGUGCGCGUACCGCUGGGCGGGGGGAAAUCUGACGUCCCGCUCGUUGACCUGUGUCCGUCAACGAGCGUCAACGCAUUGAAAAACAUCUUGCGCGAUUACGUCGACGAUCGUCUGUGA